CCCCCUAAAACUUAUUCCCUCUCCUCCUCUUUCCACCACAACCAUCCUCUCCAUCUCACACCAUAUUUUUAGAGAUAUUCUUAAUUCUCACACUUCUCCCUCUCCCCUUUCUCUGUCUCUCUGAGCUCUGAGGUUCUCAACAAUGGCUGAAACCAAUUGUUAUGGCUCUGUUUGCCUUGUGGGGAUAAUGGAUCAGCUCUGGUUUCACCAAGCCAUUCUCUUCUUAGACCCCAAUACUUCAUUCUUUUGUGGCCCCAAACACCUUAGCACUGAACCCCCGGAAUUGCCUGCCCGGGAAGAACCAAUUACCUCAUCCGAUCAGUCUCCAACUCCGACUCCGGCAGUCACUAGCAUGGAUGAGCCCAGUGAGAUUGAGGAAGAGAUCAACAAGGAGAAAGAAAGGCCAACGAGGGCAAAUUCGGGCUUAACUCCGACGGAGAGAAGGGUGCGGCGUGCAUUCUCCUUGUCGCCGUCGGCCCAUACCCGGCCUGGGAAGUGCUCGAUUGAGCCGAGCAAGAGAAUGUUGAAGUCGAUGAGCUGCAGGAGCUUUGCGGACCUAGAGAUGGAGGAGGUUCGAGGGUUCAUGGACCUGGGGUUCAUCUUCAAGAAGGAGCAUCUGAGCCCGAGGAUCGUCAGUGUGGUCCCGGGACUACAGCGGCUUGCCGUUCUAAGAAAGAAACAGAGCCAGCUGCUACAAGAAGACGAAAAACAGAGCGAUGGAAUCACAACGGAAGAAGGACAGGGGGAGAUGCUGCAGUACCCGAGGCCGUACUUGUCGGAGGCGUGGCUGAUAAGGAGGCCCGACUCGCCGCUGCUGAACCUGCGGGUGCCAAGGGCGUCUCCGGCAGCAGAGAUGAAGCGGCACCUCCGGUCCUGGGCGAAGGCGGUAGCCUGCGUGGUCGAGCAGGAAUCUUGAUGAACCGGCUCCCCCCACAAACCAACAAUUGCUUGCUGUUCUGCUAUAUUGCAUGGUUUGAUUCCUGAAAUUACAUGCCAAGCAAGACAAAAGGAAGAGCAAUCAUAUAUACAUAUGUAUGUGUGCGUGUAUGUAUGUAUGUAUGUAUAUAUAUAUAUAUAGAGAGAGAGAGAGAGAGAGGGAGAGAGAGUUUUUGUGGUUAUAUGAUUCUGCCGAAGCAGCAUUCAAUUUAUCAGCCAGUCAACUGCUGUAAAGAAAUCAAGGAAGAGGAAUAGGUGUUUGUUAGGGAGGUGAGGGGAAUAAGAAGAAGUGCAAAAUGAUGUACUUUGGAUUUCCAUUUCUGGCAAGAACAUGUUGUUUGUGAA